GUUGACUUAUUAGGACGCUCCUCUUUGGAGUUUCGAAUCUCGUGACUUAUUACGGAUUCUUUGUAAAAAGUGAAACUGAACAAUUGAAUCGUGAUAUCAGAUUGUGUAAGGAUUUUAUUAGGUGAUAAAUCGAGAAACUGAAUUGGACAGGUUCAUUUGAAAGUGAAAAUAAACUUUGGACUCGUUUCGAUAUCAGCACGGUUUUGAAUUUGAAACUGUGUCGUGACUAUUGAAGCAGUGUCAUAAUAUCCGUUAAUGGUAAUUCUCAAUCUUGAUUAUGUCAAGAAGUGAAAUUGCUAAGGAAAUAUAAAUGUCAAAAGCGAAGGUGCUAGGAAAUUGACCGUGCCGAAAAGUUGCUUCUAAGUGAAAGUGUUUGUGUAAAUGGUGCUAAAAUUGUUUGUGCGCGAUAAACAAAUGAAGUAUCGAGUGUGACUGUAAUUUUGCUGAAGUUCAAUAAACUAUAAAAAUGGAGACCGAGGAACUAACGAAGCUCGUGGAUGGGAUCUAUAAGAAUAUCCUGGACAAAUUCAAUCCAGGUGCUCGUCAGAUGAUAACAGCUGGAAAGGCGUAUUUAAAAGCUUUACAUGGCGCAGCAGCGGCGUCGCGUAUGUAUGUGGAUGCUGUCGGCAAGUUGGGGCGUCAGGCUCAGCAGGGAACGUGGGGUGGAUGUGCCGAUAUUGGAACCGCUCUAAUGAAGGUCGUUGAAGUGUACCGGGAAAUACAAGAUCAACAAAUGAACAUUUUGAAAGCAUUCUAUGUCGACUUACUAGUGCCCUUAGAAACUAAUUUGGAGAAGGACACAAAAGUAGUGCAGUCGGAGCAAAAAAGAUUUCUACAACAACACAAACUGCGAUCCGAGAGUUACAGCAAAGCAGCAGCAACAAUUAAAAAGCAACGAAAAAAGAAGACGAACGCUACUAAAGUUGGCUCCGCUAUGGACAAGGAAAUGAAGAGCAUGCAAAUACUAGAGGAAGAAAAAACUAAAUUAGACGCCUUUUGUGAACAAAGUUUGAAGAACGCCAUGACUCAAGAGCGACGUCGUUACGGUUUCGUACUGGAACGCCAAUGUUCGCUAGCGAAGCAUUGGCUUGCGUACCACUCAGCUGGCGCUAAUGCGUACAACACAGGCCUCGAGGAAUGGCUCGAAGUGUCGAGGACGAGGGAGUACUUGCCCCCGAACGUUGAAGCCAUGUUUGUCAGCAGAAUGCGACAAGUAUCAUUCUGGGCUGACGAAGACAUAUACGCAAGUCCUCGUAACGGAGAUGAUGACGAUCGCGUAUCAGUUGGUUCUGCUUUGCGCAAGACGCGAUCUGUGGACGCUUCAUGUCUCGAUGUACGCUCUAUCGCCGAUCUUGGAUCACCCAGUCAGGGCAUCUCCAGGGCAAAGUCGGAUUUAAAUUUGCAAGCCAGCUUACAUGAGCACGAUUCCGAUAUGCGUACGAGCACUCGGCCGACGUCACUCGCUCCACCGACUUGCACAUCUCGAGACCCACCACUGGCAAGGGCCUUGUACGCCUACGCAGCUGCAGGGGACAACCAGCUUAGUUUCCAGCAGGGAGACAUAUUAGCCCUGCUAGGAGAUCGCACUAAGGGCUGGCAGUAUGGAGAAAAUUUGAGAACACACAGCGCCGGCUGGUUCCCGCUGGCUUACACCGAACCGAUCAUAAGUGAAGAAAUUAUUAACUCUCCAGCCCGAUGGAGCUGUGCGCAGACGCCGAGUGAGACUCCGCCGCCCGCGCCUCUCACUCACACCCAGAUGACCACGCCUUCUGGACAUUCGCAUCCACCCACUCGCAUGUUUGGUGAUACUGUCACUGCGCAUCAUGUCGCUAAGGGUCGCCUUGCUCCAACAUCACCAGGCUUGCCCCCUACAUUGCCCGCACCGUCUCCGAAUGCUCUCACUACAUCUGCUAGUGCCACUUUUCAUUCCACACCAUCUGGAGCUAGCAGUGCAAUAAAGAAUUCCACAUCCGCCGCUAAUUUCACUACACAUGCUGUCAUAGAAACGAGAAGUUUUGGACCACAGACUCUACCAUUGCGAUCGCAGAUGACACAAAAUAAGGCACCGGCAAAAACUGUGGUGUCAGCAGUUGGGGCUGUCGGUAAUGUGUCGUUGCAUAGCUCUAACGACUCUGGUUUCUCAAAUGAACCUCCACCGCAACCUGAUAUCGACUACAGUGAUGAAGAAGCUCAGCGACUUCGGGUUCCAAUAAGUAAGUCUGCUCAUCUAAACAACGAUAAUAGAGCCUAUUUGUUAAAAACACAAAGCUUGAAGCGCGGACCUAAACUAAACAACACAAACAACGGCUACUUAACAGAUGAUCAGCAACUGCUUCUCCGCAACAUGUUAGACAUGGACAAUAAUUCUCAGAAAAUUAAGAGAACGAAGUCGUUUUGGAAGUUUGGCCGUACCACCGCUGAAGAAAUAAUGGAAGGGAUGUCGUUGUGGCAGCAUCGAGAUAUCGUUGAUACAGUACCAGAGUACAAAAAGAAGCUGUUUGUUAAGUUGAAGAAAGAACUUCGGCCAGCUCCAAGUAUACCAGAAGUACGAAAACAAACAAGUCCAGAGAAACCUGUCCCUACAGAAAACGUACAAAGAUCCCAGGAAACAAUCGACAGAAAAGACGUAAAAAUUAAUGGUAUGAGGCAGGCAAAAAGCUUGGGAUCUAUCCAAGCACAAGAAGAACGAGCUGAAAAACAUAAACGAAACAAUGACAACUAUCAACAACCUCAAAUGAAUAAAAAGAGCAUGUCAGAAAAAUCCAUUGUGGAGGAGAAACCUGAGGAAUUUUUACAAAGAAAUGAAUCUAGACAUUCAGAUUUCACUAAUACAAGUACUAUAAAAACAAAUUUUGAAAACAGCUUCUAUAACGAUGAAAACGGUGAUGGUUACGUUAUGAAAACUGUUAAGCGACGUGAAAUACUACAGAAGUAUGAUAAUGAUAGCAGCUCUGAGGUUAAUUCUGUUGCUUCUAGUACUGAUCCAUAUGAUUGCAUCAUUGUAGAUGACCAUAUGACAUCAAAGAAGCAGCAAGAAUUAGAUCGCCGCAGACAAACUCAACUUAUGGAAAAGGAAAUUAAAGCCAAUAAAGAGAACGCGUAUAUGUCUGAGUUUGAUGAAAUUGAAAUUACUCCUGUAAAACCCCACAUGAGAGCAAAUUUGACGUCAGAGAAAAAUAAAAAACCAUCUCAUGACAGAUCGUCACCAAAAACUAUGGAAUUCAAAACCUUUAAAGAUAAUUCAAAAGAAAUUAAAACAUUUUCAGCUUCAUCUGAAACGCUAAAGUAUAAGGACAAUGACCAUCUAGCUGACCGAUACGGUAUACCUAUAGAAAGAAAUAACAAUGACAUUCGACAAGACGAAUCUUAUAAUGGACACGAUGAUGGAACUCUCAAAUACAAAAAGCAUUCAAAUGAAGAAAAAAGUCGUCAACCAAAUAAUUUCGAUAACAUGAAGAACAAAAAGGAUUAUCCGAAAGCAGAAGCAAGAAAUCAAAAGAAAGAAUCGAAACAGUUUGAAACCCGAGAGCCAAGAAUUGACUAUUCCUUAGACAGACGUCAAAGUAAAAAAGAAAUUCCUGACAAAAACCGCGAGGUUAGAUCACGAAGCAGAAUAAUCCGAAGUUACGAUGACAGCUCAUUGCAAUACAACGGAAGAAAGGAGGAGCGAUAUUAUGAUACGAACAUAUCGUACUUCAGCGAUCAAGAACGUCGUGGUUCGAGAUAUGAUUACGAGACGGAUUCCAAAAAAGCAGAAAAAUCUAAAAUACGCCAAGAGGAAGCGAGACUGGAGGGCAGAAGAUUCGUCGAACAAAGAAACGAGAGUCAAUACAGCGAGUCAGAUGAUCAAAAAUUUAACGAAGCUUUAAAACAACAAAGACCGCAGUUAUUACCCAGAACAAAGUUACUUAAACGCUCAACUGAAGGACCUGAAUUACCUGAAGAAGGUCACACCUUUGGACCGUGGUACGAUUUAUGGGGUCGGGAAACUGCCAUGUACAAGUAAUUAUAGGCCUAUUUAAUCUAAGGAUACCCUUUCACCAUUGUCAAACAUUUCCCCUUGCACGAGUAGUUAACUCAUAUAGUUUUGCACUGGCUACUUUUUUUUUAAUCAUUGUAAUUCUCUUACCAGUUUGUAUAUUUUUGUUGUUAUUGUUAAUUGAAAUUAGUUUUACAAAUACUUAUAAGAUUAACAAUUAUGAUAUUAGUGAAUACGAAUUGAUAUAUUUAUAGUAUAUUUUUACAUGUUACAGUGAGUAUAGUCAUUCCGAAUUUUAAUUAUAUCAAUAAAAUUUGAUUUAUUUUUACACAGGCCGCAACAAUUUGCAACAGUAAAACUAAGAAAAACAUUAACAAACGACAGAUCGUCGCCUGCCAUUGAUUAAUGUUUUAUAUAUUUUAUUAUUAUUUUGUUAUAAAUAUUCUAUAUGUAAAUUAGAAUCACACGUAUUUUGUACAGUUAUUCAUAGUUUAAGGAAAGAAUAUAUCACAUUUUUUUACAAUAA